AUGUCUGGAGAGGAGCUUCCGAGCACCGAUAUUAUCACCCUCACUCGCCAUGUUUUGAGCGAUCAGUUCCGUGCUGGGGCUGUAGCGACAGGCGAUCUCACACUUUUACUCACAGCUAUCCAGACGACAUCGAAAUUCAUCGCGACUAAUGUACGAAAGGCGCGCCUCAUCAAUCUCGUUGGUUUAGCAGGUGAAACCAACGUCCAAGGCGAGGAGCAGAAGAAGCUCGAUGUCCUCUCCAACGACAUCAUGAUCAAUUCACUCCGUGCAUCUGGGAAGACGGCGGUUCUCGUCUCUGAGGAGCUUGAGGAGGCUGUUAUUAUUGAGGACAAGUACAAGGGGAACUACUGCGUUGUGUUCGAUCCUUUGGACGGCAGCAGCAACAUUGAUGCUGGCGUUAAUAUUGGGACUAUUUUUGGAAUUUACCGCAUCAAGCCUGGGUCGAAAGGGACCAUCGAGGACGUACUUAGACCAGGAAGUGAAAUGGUUGCGGCCGGUUACACGAUGUAUGGGUCCUCAGCAAAUUUAGUGCUCACUACUGGCAAUGGUGUCAACGGCUAUACGCUUGACGCGGCUCUUGGAGAAUUCAUAUUAACUCACCCAGAUAUUAGGAUUCCUCCGCGCGGAAAAAUCUACUCCUUCAACGAGGGAAACGCAAUGUACUUCCACCCCCCGGUCGUCAAUUAUUUGAACAGUCUCAAAUUUCCACCAUCGGGUAAGUCGCCUUAUAGCGCAAGAUAUAUCGGAUCCAUGGUCGCGGACGUGCAUCGCACGCUACUCUAUGGUGGAAUCUUUGGCUACCCUGAUGACAAGAAGUCAAAGAGCGGGAAGCUGCGUCUGCUGUAUGAGGCAUUCCCUAUGGCCUUCUUGACUGAGCAGGCUGGAGGACUCGCCACCACGGGUACAAAGCGCAUCCUUGACAUUGUCCCGACCAGUAUUCACCAACGGUGCCCUGUGUUCCUGGGAAGCAGGGACGAUGUGCAAGAUGUUCUCAAAUUCUACAAGGGAGGUGGCGGAGCCUGA